CAUUUAAAAUCUGAAAAUCAAUUGACGAUGUCUCGUGCAUUAGAUAAAAAGAAUAUGUCAAACGAACAUUCUGAUGCCAAUUGCGAAGAGAGUCGAAAUGAGUUGUCGAGGGAGAUUGUCCCUUCCACUUCCGUUAAUGCAGUGCCCGGGAUAUGGAUAGGGUGCAACCUUAGCAGUAGCAGCAGCGACAACGAGUGCGAGGGUGACGUCGAAAACGACAACGAAGAAGACGGGAACAGUAGCAGCGGCAGCGGGAGCGGGAGCGAGAGCGGCAGCGACAGUUCCUCGGACGAUUCAGGAGAUGCCUCUGAAAAGAUAGCUGCAAAUGAUAGUGAAAAUGCCGAGUCCGAGUCCGAAACUGAAGACGCUGUUGCCAUUCAGGUGGCUGAGCAUUUCAGGGAAAAGUUUAAGGACAAGCUGACCGCUGAGUUCAAGGCCGAGUUGCCAAAAAUUGAAACUGAUUUGACAAACAGUCAUCCGAUUCUUAUACGAGUUCCGAACUUUAUGCCCGUCGUGCUAGAUGCCUACGAGGAUCACACAUAUAGCAAUUCAAUUGCUCAAGAUGACCUCAAAGACAAUGAAUCCCGAGAGGCUUUUAUAACCAAACUGAAGACCACGGUGCGCUGGCGCGUCAGCCAAGACAAAUCGACUGGAGCACUCUACAAGGAGUCCAAUGCACGCUUUGUGCGCUGGUCCGAUGGCUCUCAAACCUUUCACGUUGGCGGCGAGGCCUUCGAUGUCAUCCGUCAUCCAGUAGCCAGUUGUCAGAAUCAACUGUACAUAUGCCUGGGCAACUAUUAUCAGCAGCAGUGCUCCAUCAAGGAGAAACUUACUCUGCGGCCCAAACUCGAAUCGAACUUUGGCCUCAGUCAUGUGCAGGGAUUGCGUAAGCGUGCAUUCUAUAAGCCAAUGAGUAACUGUGUCAAAAUACUCACGGACCUUACCACCAAUCCAGUACUUGAUCGCGAGCGCAAGGCCAAAGAGGAGUGGGCCCAAUGUCGGAAGGAAAAAGGUCAACAGCGUCGUGAUCAGCUAAAUCAACGUAAGCCAGUCGUGAAACCAAUGAAACAUUGCACUGCUGAUGAUUUUGAAGGAGACGCUCCAAUGCAAGAGCCAUAUAAUAUCAAUCUUGCAAAUGGUUCCAGUGCUAUAUUUUCGAAUGAAGCCAAUUGCAACUCAGGAAUUGGCAUCAUCAAUCAAUCAAUUAUGGAGGGGACCAAAAACGAGGCGGCAAAUGACUUCGAGCCUAGCGAUAACGAUCUGGAAAACCUGUCUGAUUAAAUGAUAAUUCAAUAAAUUCCCUUUGGAAUUUACCACUCUCGAUAUCCCUUCUAAUUUGCUGUUUAAUAAUUCAUCUUAAGAACAUUUGAUGCUCAAUUGCAUGCCAUUUUCUCGCCUUUGCUUUAAUUAA